ACCUGCUUGGUGUAAAGUUGUGCGAACGAGGGCUCUCAUUGCGUUGAGUGGAAGUCCUAUAAAUCUCUGUUAAUUGCUAUAAGGAGAGAUAUUUCCUUAUUUUCCUGCACCAGCGAAUUUUUAAAGAUCAAGGAUGAUCGUUACUACCAACGGUAACGCAGAAAUACCUGAAGAUAACGAAAUGCAGACAUUUUCGUCGUCUACACUGAUUCAGAUCCUACGUAAAUGUAAUUCCUUCUUUAUCCAAGGUUUGGUUAGCGUGCAGGGGGAGUGUCGUCCAUUGAUUACCUGUGGCAGACAGGUCGGAAUCAUUAGACCAGAUGUCGCCUGCUGUCUUCUGGACUACCCACAGGUCUUCACUGCCACGCCUGAUGCUUUCAUUAUCAAUCCGCAGCUGAACUCGUACGCAUCGAGAUCCAGCGCCCUCGACUACGUGCUGCGCGACCUCCGGGCCAAGAACGUGCUGGCGGCCCUCCGCGGGUGGCGCGAGGAGUGCUUCAACGUGUGGGCCGAUUUCGGGGCCGAACCGCUCUUCAAGAUCGAAAGGUCUGCGGCGACUGUCUUGGGCGUGAGGGCGUAUGGUGUCCACGUGACAGGUUACACAUAUCGAGAUGGCAAGAUGAUGAUAUGGUUGCAGAAAAGGUCAAUAGAUAAGCCUACAUACCCUGGCAUGAUGGACACUAUGGUCGGCGGUGGCCUCACGGCAGGACUGAAGCCUUCCGAUGUGUAUGUAAAGGAGGCCUACGAGGAGGCUUCCCUCCCUGAGCACCUGCUCAAGAACGGCCGUCAGGCGGGGACGGUCUCAUUUUUCACGGAGUCUGAGCGCGGCCUCCAUGCCAACACAGAGUUUGUGUACGAUGUUGAACUUCCUUCUGACUUCACCCCGAGUAAUAAUGAUGGAGAAGUUGAGGGCUUUGAAUGCAUUCCAGUUGAGGAACUCCUUGAACGGGCCACGUCUAGCAAAUACAAGUUGACAUCUGUGCCAGUGGCUGUGGAUUUCUUAGUUCGCCAUAGUUACAUCAACCCAGAAACUGAAAAGGAAUUCCCUACACUCAUGGAGCUCUUACACGUUCCACUAAAUCAGUUGUACCGAAGAUGGCCACACAGCAGGUUCCAGGCCUCCCCUACUCCUUCACUUAUUACAGAUGUUUGAGUGUGGAAAUUGUGGACAGAUGUUUGAGGGAAAAUAGUACUAAAUUAUGUUGGUAAUUUCUGUGUUGAUUUUCUUUGGAUUUUUAUAUUUCUAUUCUUAGUUCUUUAGUUUGAAAGGUGAAAUCAAAAUAACUCAAGACCAAAAGCAGUAGCUGUAAGUUUUAUUACAGUGUUAGUUUAUCUUUUGGCUGUAGAUUUGUUUUCCAAAACUAUUUCUCUAAAAAAAAUCAGCUCCUUUUUUCUUACAACUUUAUAAACUAGUUUUAAGAUAUUUUUUAAAAAUAUGACAAUGAAAUAUAGUUCAAUAAAUAUAGUUUGUAAUGUGUAAAAAAUAUAUAAAAGGAAUAUUUUAGUAGAAAUUGCCAAGUACUUUAAAGUGUUUAAAUAUGCCUCAAGAUGAGAAGACAAGGGUAACAAAAUAUCUUUUACACAGAUUAUGAGUGAAAUUAACAAUAUAUAUAUAUGAAUGAUUAGUAAAAAUAAUGAUAAGUGUUUUUUUUAUCUUAAUUAUCUGAAGUAUAAGAGCAUCAAUUUCCUGCUUGUCUGUAAACUUUUGCAUGCUUCUCAGUUGCAAAUUUAAUUGCUUCUAUCUGAUGUGUCCCCUUUAACCCAAAUGUACUCCGAAUGGUAUGAUAUACACGUCAUGUCGACUAUGACUUUAGUUUAUUAAUUGUAUUUCCUGGCUCCACAAGUACUUAUUUACCAAGGAGUUAAUUACUAGUCUCACCUGUCUCACCUGCUCACCCUUUUCCUUGAUUUUCUUUUAUUUCUGCUAUUAGUAUAUUAAAAUGUAUUAUAAUAAACACCAUGUAAAUGAUGACAAUAACAGUAUCAAACAGUAUUGACAUUAAUAGCAUUAGAAAAAAUUCAAGGAAUGAGGAAAUCAGGUGAGGUCGCUAAUCAACUUCUAGGGUGAGGAGCACUUACAGAGCCACUUGUGUGCACAUUUUACAAAAAAAAUACAGUGGAAAGUACAUGUACCUGCAGCCAAUGGGUUAAGUCUAAGUAUCUGUAGUUUAGCUUUAUAUUAAGCAACUUAAAAAUAUAUAUGUAUAUUGAUGUACGUAAUUUUUUUUUUUUUGUCAAGAAACUUUGUUGUAAAAUAUAAAUUGAUAAUAUUAUAUUACAGGAAACUAGAACAAUCUUUACAGUACAUACAUGGAUCUCUCCCAACUGUACUGUGCAAUUCUGUUCAUUUUCUUUAAAUUUGAAAUAACGUUUCUUCAUAUUUAAUUAUACCUUCAUUUCAUUCUAUUUCUCCAAAAGAGUGCUUCAACUGUGACUUUAAGUAGAGGACACUUUUUUAUUGGCAGCCUUUACUCUCUGGGUCUCAUUGUCUCUUUACAUUACUUUAUUGUAUAGGGCAGUGUUUUAAAAAGGAUGAAUUUUAGACUCCAUAUUAUGACAUAGGAAAUUUUUUUUCACUAUUGCACCUGGAUUUUUUCUUCUCUUUUUCCUUUAUUUGGUUAAUUCAACCAGACUAUCUGUAACGAUCUCAUCAUUGUCUUUACUUUUAUGUUGUGUGAAAAUCUCACUGGUAAUGGCAAAAGUUGGUCAAAUCUUUACAUAACUACAGUAUCUUAUUGUGAUAAAAACUAGACAAAUAAGUAGCUAUAGAUUCAGACAUUUUAGUUUUGUGUGGGGCGAGCGCAGAAUUGUACUCGUUUGUUAUUUUGUAAAUAAAAAUCUUAAAGUACAUAUUUUUAAUAAAGAAUCAUACUGCUGUA